UCAAAGAUAAUGAUGGGCGUGGUAAUCAUUCUGUCCAUGUCAUCACUGUCGUUGACGCAAGAUGUUUCAACUACCAGUGGACGACUCCGAGGAAACCGUCUGUCAGUCCUUGGAAAGUCUGUUGACGUGUAUCAUGGAGUACGUUUUGCCAAACCGCCUGUUGGAGAUCUGCGCUUCAAGCAUCCUGUUGCUUUCGAGGCGAACAACUCGGGUAUCACAUACGCCCAAGUUCCCGGACCAUCCUGUAUCCAGCCAAAAAUACCAUUGUUUUUGGAAAGCUUCAAGCAGAUUCCUGAUUACUACAGCGAGGACUGCCUGCACCUGUCGAUCUGGACACCAACAAAUAACACUGGUAACCUUUCUGUAAUGAUCUGGGUAUAUGGUGGUGGAUUUUAUCUUGGGUCUGGUCAGAUGCCUCUUCACAACGGCGCAGUUCUAGCUGUGGAGAAUAACGUUAUCGUGGUGACCAUCAACUACAGACUUGGACCCCUAGGUUUCGCCUAUCUAGGCCCGGGAACCGUGCCUGGCAACAUGGGUUUAAUGGACCAAAGAAUGGCAUUCAAAUGGGUCAAGACAAAUGUUGCCAAUUUUGGUGGAGAUGCCAACCGAAUUACCAUAUUUGGGGAGAGUGCUGGAGGAAUAUCUGUUGGUCUUCAUGUAUUGUCCCCCUUGUCAAGAGAUACGUUUGACAGAGCAAUCAUGGAGAGUGGACCAAUAUCAGAAUCCUUUACAUACCUAGAUGCUCACACAAGUAAAGAUAUCACAAUAAAGCUUGCUGAGAAACUCAAGUGCCCUACUCAUACCGAUGUUGAUAUCUUUGAGUGUUUGAAAUAUGCUGAUGCUCAAUCAAUGGCAGGCCUUCAGUUAACCCUCGGCGUCAUGUACCCCAUUCCAUUUGCUCCAGUUAUUGAUAAGUAUUUCCUCCCUGAAGACCCAAAGACAUUGCUGGACAGAGGCGAAUAUAAGAACACCGAGCUUUUGCACGGUUUUAACAAAGACGAAGCUACUUUGUUUGUGAUGACCUUAGUCACUGGCUUAAGAAAUCUUACCUUGGCACCACAAAAUCUGAUUCUUAGUUCUGCAGAAUAUGAAAUGAUGAUAAAAUCAACAUUCAUGGAAGAGUCGAAUGAUAAGGCUAAAGAAGCACUGAGCAUCUACUACAAGAGUCUGCAGCCUCCUGGCAACGUCGACUACUUUGAUGUCGUCAACAAUCUUCAGAGCGACGUCCUCUACAAUUGUCCAGUUGUGGAAUUUGGAUCAGUGUUCUCCAGGAUCAACCCCACGUUUCUGUAUGGUUUCAAUCAUCGCAUCUCUACAAAUCCAUUCCCAGCAUGGACAGGAGCGGCUCACGGCUUCGAGAUAGAGCUAGUGUUUGGUCUUCCCUUGAAUGCAUCACUUGGAUUCGACCAAGAUGAGGCGACUCUCAGCAGAACCAUGAUGACCUACUGGACCAAUUUUGCCAAGACUGGAAAUCCUAACUCCCCGGUGCCGGUGCCCGUUGCUUGGCCGGCUUAUGACAACACCGACAGGAACUACCUGAAACUGGAUGUUGGCAGUAACCUAGCAACAGGACAAUCUCUACGUCACCAACAGUGCACCUUUGUCAACAAAUUACUUCCCAUGAUUCCAGGCGACGAUGUUCAACACACAACCAAAGCACCUUUCUCCUGUCCAAGAACCAGCGCCGGAAGUCACAAUCGGAGUUUUCUCUCGCUAGCAGUUGUCUCCCUUUCUCUUGUCAUCAGACAACUUUGCCUUCACUCGUGAGACCACCGCACAAAUCACUAUCAAGACUGGUAUCAGAUCGUCGAUAUCAAGCGCUGAAUUACGAGGUGUCAAUGUACUGCUGAUUCAUAUCUUUAAGAAGUACAUAUUUUUAUAAUAGAUUGGAUGUAAGAUAAUAUGGUAUCAA